GCAACACGUGCCAUAUCUCCUUGGUUUGGUAGACUCACGUGCCUACACUCAACGACGGUACACAAAGCCGAUAAACAUCGGAAAACCCUAACAAUAUGGUCUGUUUCCAUGUUAUUCACUUUAUAUAACUGUUUCUUCCAGCUUCCACCUUCGCUUCGUGCAUGCUUUCCUCCAUUUUCUCAUCUUCUUCGAGGCUGCACAUCACAGGGUUUAUUGCUAUAGCACCUCCUGCUUUAUCAUUUAGUACAGGACUUGUGGAAACACUUCUCUCAUGAGAAUGCUGUUAAACCUGUCAUUGGCGUCCUGAGCAAUCUCGUUUUGCAAACCAAGGUCUUUGAAGGAGUGAAAGUUCCCUUUGUGUUUUAAUUUCCUUGCUACCAACCUCUGUGUUUUCAUUGUCUGGCGCAACUAUGGCAGUUGUGAAACCUGAGAUGAAAUCCUACAUCUGGCUUCAAACUGUGGAUGGUUCUAUUCAUCAAGUAGAGGAAGAGGUAGCCAUGUUUUGCCCCAUGAUUUGCCAGGAAGUACUUCAAACAGGCAUGGGAUCUUCCAAAACUUGUGCUAUAUCUCUUCCACAUCAUGUCAAUCCUGCAAUCUUGGAUAUGAUACUUGAUUACUGUCGGUUUCACCAAGUACCAGGACAUUCUAACAAGGAGCUCAAACUUUUCAAUGAAAAGUUUGUUCGGAUCGAUACAAAGAAGUUAUGUGAGUUGACAUCUGCUGCUGACAGCCUCCAACUGAAGCCUAUGGUUGAUCUGACCAGUCGAGCCCUUGCUAGGAUUAUUGAAGGAAAAACUCCUGAGGAGAUUCGUGAAACAUUUCAUUUGCCUGAUGACCUAACUGAGGAAGAGAAGCUGGAGCCUCUGAGAAACAUAACUGAUGAUCCACGGAUUCGACUUCUAAACAGAUUGUAUGCUAGAAAGAGGAAAGAACUACAAGAGAGAAAGAAACCGAAGGAUGUUGCAGUUGAGGAGGAACCAAAGGAUGAGCGUUCGGUUGAAGAUCUUCUAUCAUUUAUUAAUGGCGCAGAUGGAGAAAUAAAGGGAACUAGAGCAAAUAAAAAUAAAAAGAAGAAUAGAAGGAAAGACCAGACAAAGGAUCUUUCUUCAAAAAAUGCAAAUGAAAACAAUAAGGGGUUGAAUCUUCUUCCUUCUGCAUAUCACAAUGUCAAUUUUGACAAGGCCUUAGAGGCCUCUUCAAGUAAACACUCAAGGAUGCAAACCCUUCCAGAUGUUAAUUUUUCUCCAAAAUUUGAAUUUAUUGAUGGUGAUGUUGACGAUGAUUUAGAUCCUGCUGUGAAGGAGGAGCUUGACAGGGAAGUGGAAGAUUUUGCACGAAGAUUGAAUUCAGAUUGGCCUGAAAGGAUGCAAAUUUUAUCUUUGGGUCAAGGCAGAAGACUGGUACCAAUCUCUGUGAAUGGCAAUGGUUCAACGCACCUGUACACAAGUUUGUGUUGAGGGUGAGGAGUUGCAGCUGAGUUCAUGAUUGCAAGUCUAUCAUUGAGCAUUUAACUUAUGGUACAUAUAGGCUUUUGAUGAUAGUACAGCCACUGGUUGAUAAUUCAAUUUCCAAGUUGAGAGAAAGUUGAAGUGAUCUGAAAGGAUGGCAGCUCAGGGUUUGAAAGUCUCUUGAUAAACACCAUGUGAGUAAUAUUUAUUUGUUCCUUAUAUCUUAUAAUCAAAUGUGGCUUUGUUUUUUAAAUUUGAGCUUUUUUGAAUUCCGCGAACAAGGGGAGAGGGACUACAGAGAGAGAGAGUGUGUGAAAAAAUGAUGAAUAAAAAGAAUCUUGAAAAGCAAUUUGAGUUCGAGCGAUUGGAAGGAAAUGGGCUUUUAUGGUUUCUAAACGCUAUAUACUGUUGAUUCAUAUCCAUUUCUCAACUAUUUCAAUUUCUCCCUGCUAUCUUUAUUUACUGCUUUUAGCCUGUUUUUGAAAUAUAGAGGAUAGGUAUUGCAAAGAAAUAAGUGGGAAAUUAUGGACAUGUUUUAUUUAAACUUAAAAUAAGUUUUUUGAAAUA